AUAGAGGCUCCUGCUAAAAGUCACAACGCACAAUACCUGAAGAACCAAUCUAUCUAAAUCAUUUUGUAAGUCGGCGUAAACAUUCCUUCGUUGAUUCGAAACAAGCGACCGUGGUUGUUUUCUUCGACAUGAAACAGCGUGGACCCAGGUUCGAUAUCUUGGCUGGUUCGUCUUUGGAUGAGCUGUCGAGAGUCAAGGUGAAUGCGGAUCGAUCAGGCCCACUGGCGAUCAAGACCAAAAGCUUUGAAGGUAACUUGACGGUCAGGAUGAAAGACUUUGCGGAUUACAAUGGAGAUAUCUACCGGGAUACCGAGACCAAUUACUUUGCCAAUUGGACGGAUGUGACCUGGAGCAUCCAAAUUCAAGGCCGAUUCCUUCAGCCGACAAGUGCUGAUGAUUGCGUGUUUGGGAACACGUUUGACAAGCCUAUUCGAGAUCGCCUACCGUUCGGGACGGGUGCUGCCCUGAAGGCCAUCUCUUACAUCGAUCCCUCGUUAGAGAAUGAUCUUUAUGCCGAUAAACCAUGGGCUUGGUCUCCACUGCUGGCAACCAUGAACUACAUCCGCACUGAACGCCUUGACGCCGACGAUAGCCCGUUGCCGCCAUGUGAGGCUGCUACUAGGCCAGUCGAGGAUUGCAGCAGUCUGUUGAGCGGAAACCCAACCAAUAUAUCCAAGCCUCACCUCCGCAGAAAAUUCUUCUCCUCAGCGGUAAAUCGACAAGCUAUCAUGCUUGGGCCUCGGGAUUUCAUUAACGCCGAAUUCGCCAACGGCUUCAUUGAUUUCUCUACGUUAGCCCUGAACGUGCCAGUUGUUAACGUUUCUUUCAAAUUAGAUAAGCUUUGGGAUGGGCAACCUGUUAGGUAUGUUUGUCAGUCCCGAAAGACAGGAGAAACAUACUUUGUGGUAGUAUUCCAAAUCGUUGAGUUGGAUGCAGAGAACAAGUUGGAGGAAGAUGACGAAGACGAGGAUGCUGAGCAAACGCCGGAGCAAAGUGAAGUUGCCAGUCGUCGAGCCACGCGGGGAAAUUCGGCUGCGAUGAGACCUCCAGAUGAUUUGAUUUCAAUAGACGAAUGGGGAGUUGAUUAAAAAAAAAGCACAGAAAAUUCGAACAAGAGGUCCCGGCACAAAAAAGUACCAGGGCCUGAAUUACAGUCUCUUUUUUUCUCUCUUUUGAACUGCCUUGGAUCACUUACCAGCAGGCCAUCCCGAAGUCCCUCAACCUUUACUGUUUCUUACCCCGAAAGAAUAAUUGUUUUUGUCUUCAAUCAG